GACAAUCAAUCAGGUGAAAUUAGAACUAACGAAGGAGCAGUUUCCCACAUCUCAGAUGACCAAUCAAACAGGUUGUUCAGAUACCUGACAGGUGUUGUCUAUGAUCAUGACUGCUGCCAAAAGUAUAUAGACAGAGCUUGGCCCGGGGCCAGUUCCAUUUGCAGUGUGAACAUGGAAGCACCUCGCCAAGUACAACAGCAACUUCCUGCUCGAGGAAGAGGAGGAAGAAGAAGAGGAAGAGGAGGAGUGAGAAUGCGUGGAGGAAUAGGGGGAAGAGGCCGAGGAGCACGGAGGCACCAUGAUGUCCCAGAUGAAAUCCGGGCCACCCUUAUUGACCACGUCAUAAACCAUCGCCUCACAAUGGCAGAGGCAGGUCGCCGAGUGCAGCCUAAUGUGCCUCGGUCUACAGUCUCCUCCAUCAUCCAAACCUUUCGCAGGGAAAGCAGGAUUGGACGACAGCCUCAAGUGGGUGGCAGCAGAAAACUUCUAAAUGAACAACAAGAACGAGAAAUAUGCGACAUGGUCAUUGCAAAUAAUGCCAUCACACUGAGACAGAUUCGUAAUGCAUCUUACCUGCUAGACAAUGUAAUGUUCCAAAAUAUAAACUCUAUCAGCAUCUCCACAAUAGACCGGGUAUUGCAGACACAGCAGAUGACCAUGAAACAGAUUUACAGGGUACCAUUUGAGAGAAACUCUGACAGAGUGAAAGGGCUGCGGUACCAGUAUGUGCAUAGAAUAAUGGCAUUAGAAGGCAACGAAACCCUAGUGUUCGUUGAUGAAGCUGGCUUCAACCUGGCCAAAGGUCGAAGGCGUGGCCGUAACAUCAUUGGCCACCGAGCCACUGUGGAUGUCCCAGGCCAGCGAGGAGCAAAUAUAACAAUGUGUGCCGCUAUAUCAGAAAGAGGUGUGGCCACACACAUUCCCAGUUUAGGGCCCUACAAUACACAAAAGCUCCUCAAUUUUUUGGACCACCUUUAUACUGAUCUGAUCCCAGAAAAUGAGAGAGGUGUAGAAGGACCUCAGCUACCACAUUAUGUCAUUGUGUGGGAUAAUGUGAACUUCCACCGCGGCCCACGCAUCAGAACCUGGUUCACCACCCAUCCCCGGAUGCUAAUGGAGUUUCUUCCACCUUACUCUCCUUUCCUGAAUCCAAUUGAGGAGUUUUUUUCAGCUUGGAGGUGGAGGGUGUAUGAGCAUCAGGCUCAAGACCAGAGGGCCCUGCUGCAUGCAAUGGAUGCUGCAUGUGAGGACAUCACAGGGGAUCAAUGUAGGGGAUGGUUGAGACAUUCACGCCGUUUCUUCCCUCGCUGCAUCGCACGAGAAAAUAUCCGUUGCGAUGUGGAUGAGAAUUUAUGGCCUGACAGAGAGCAGCGCGUCGAUGGCCAGGAGGAUGAGGAUGGUGGCCAGGAAAGAGAGGGUGACAAUGGCGACCACUGAAAAUAUUACUGUACUGUAGUUCUGAAACUUUAUUUACAGUAUGGUAGGC